AUGAGGGAGAAAGGCUUGGAGCCUAGUAAGAUGUCCAUUGUUAGCGUGCUUGGGGCAUGUUGUGACUUGGAGGAUUUGAAUUUGGGAAGGUGGAUUGAAGAGUAUGUCAUGGAGGUGUUUAAUGGCGUAAGAAAGAAAGAAGUAAUCACCUGGAAUGCCAUGAUUACUGGAUAUGCACAAAAUGGAUCAUCGGAUGAAGCAAUUUCACUAUUCAAUGCCAUGAAGGAGGCAGGGACUGACCCUAAUGAAAUCAUGUUGAUUGAAGUUCUCACCGCAUGUGCAUCAAUUGGUUCUCUGGAAUUUGGGAAAUCGAUUGAUGAAUACGCAUCAAAAAGAGGUUUUCAAAAUGAUGUAUAUGUGGCUACUGCGUUUGUCGACAUAAAAAGAAACGAAAACCAUAGCCGCAUUCCCAUAUUUGACACCUCCGCCGCCAGAGCUGAGCUCAUGGUGGGGAGCACAACCUCCGUCUUCCACCAGUCACCUUCUUCAUGUCGAUGUCUCCGUUCGAGACAGAGGCUAGAGACGUGUCUCCACCUCGUAUGGAAACAUGCCCGUGGCUUUGUGUUUGACGUCUCGGACGGUGUUGCGCACGGAGACAGGCCAUGUCUUCGUUGCGCACAGCGAUCACCUGUCAGUCUUAGAGCUCAGAUCAGAACCCCUUCCCCUGUCCUCGAAUGCUUAGAAUACAAGAUGGCAACCAUGGGUUACUUUGGUUCGUUUGAGACUGCUAUGUACUUGUGCAGUGCUUAUUGCUUGUUAAAAAGAAAAGAAAACCAUAGCCGCAUCCCCAUAUUUGACACCUCCGCCGCCAGAGCUGAGCUCAUGGUGGAGGAGCGCAACCUCCGUCUUCCACCAGUCACCUUCUUCAUGCCGAUUUCCCAAUACAAAGACAUCGUCGGUGUCUCCGUUCGAGACAGAGGCCAGAGACGUGUCUCCGCCUCGUAUGGAAACAUGCCCGUGUCUUUGUGUUUGACGUCUAGGACGGUGUUGCGCACGGAGACAGGCCAUGUCUUCGUUACGCACAGCGAUCACCUGUCAGUCUUAGAGCUCAGAUCAGAACCCCUUCCCCUGUCCUCGAAUGCUUAG